UUGUCAGAGAUUAGAGCUCAGAGAGCCCAUAGACCAAUCUUUCCACAUCGAACUCAGUUGGCUCUGGGGACGGCGAGGAGGAGAACGCAGUGAGAAAGACACUUAUCUUCGACGUCUAGGCGAGAAAGAGACAGACAGGAGGGAGGAGAGGAAGCGAGAGGGAGAGUGUGUACACGUGUGUCGGUGGCGAGGACAAAGCUGCCAUGGAGACACAGAUCUUCCUGCUGCUGUUACUGAGUCCUGCUGCGUUGGGCCUCAUGGUGGCGCGGUGCCCCGAGGGGUGGGUGUCUCGCGGGGGCACGGACCAGUGUUACCGCGUGCACAGCUACGGCCGCGACAGGACCUUCGAGGACGCCCGCAUCUACUGCCAGGCGCGCGGCGGCGACCUGGCCUACAUCGACUCUGCUGGGCUGAGGGACUGGCUCGGGCAGCUCGUGGCCGCUACGGAUACCGAGGGACAGGCCGCCUACAUGUGGGUGGGCGCUAAGAACGUUGGCGGCGAGUGGAAGUGGGUGGAGACCGACAAACCAGUGGAAAAUGCGAUACUGCCGUGGGACGAGGCAGGGUCAGGGGAGUGUGCCGCCUUUACUUCCGACUCCAAGCUAAUCAUGCAGGAGUGCAGCCAAAUGCUCAAGUUCAUCUGCCACAGAAAUAUCCAAAUUCCAAUGGCUUGUGACUACACCACCGGCUGGGAGGAUGCGUCUGACCGCUGCUACAAGAAAUCGACGCAGAGCAACUCGUGGCAUGACGCCGAGAUAGAAUGCGUCAUCGAAGGAGGCCACUUGGUGAGCGUAGAAAGUGACGCCGAGCAGAUGCUGGCGCACGACCUGGCCCUGGAGGAGCGAGACAAGGUCUGGAUUGGGUACACGGAGGAGAAUCACCCCGGUGAGUUUACCUGGGUGGACGGCUCCGGCAGCAACAAAACCUACUGGCAGGAGGGCCAGCCCGACCUAUCGCUGAACGGCUUCGGCGCAGCAGUGGUGAACAACGACGACCCGAGUGGCUUGUGGAUGGUGGAGAAGAUCACUAAUGAGUUCCACUCCCUGUGUGAGAAGCCCGUGGGGUCGUGUCUGCCGGGGUGGGAGGAGUUCGAGGGGUCGUGUUACUAUUUCAACACGGAGGCCACAGACGCGGUGGGCUGGGAUGUCGCCAAGGACAUCUGUGAGUCUGUGAAAGCAAAGAUGGUUGUGCUGGACACUGACGCCGAGGACACCUUUUUCCGGACACACAUGCCGGAGGAAAACACGCUGUGGAUCGGCCUCUAUAGUAUCCCUGGCGAUGGGCUCUUCUGGACGGACGGCACAACGAUGAGCAGCAAGAACUACACACACAUGACGAGCGAGAACGAGGCCAACGCCAUCAGUAACUGA